CUUUUCGCCUGCCUGCACACGCCGCCGCCGGCAAUGGCCGCCUGCGACGACGACGUCGCCCCGUCAACCGCCUCCGCCUACCUUGACCCCUCUUACUGGGACGCGCGGUUCGGGAAGGAGGAGCACUACGAGUGGUUCAAGGACUUCUCGCACUUCCGCCACCUCCUCGCGCCGCUCCUCUCCCCGUCCCUCUCGGUCCUCGAGGUCGGGUGUGGCAACUCGCGGCUUGGCGAGGAUCUCCUGCGGGAGGGCGUCGCCGGCGGAAUCACCUGCGUUGACCUGUCCCCCGUCGCCGUCCAGCGGAUGCGCGACCGCCUCGCCGCUCUUGGCACCAAAGGCGUGGAUGCUGUGGUUGCGGACAUGCUUGAUCUGCCGUUUGAGCAUGAGAGCUUUGAUCUCGUCAUUGAAAAGGGCACCAUGGAUGUGUUGUUUGUGGACAGUGGCGAUCCAUGGGACCCCAAUCCUACAACAGUGGAAAACGUGAUGAAAAUGCUUAAUGGUAUCCACAGGGUUUUGAAGCCAGAAGGCAUCUUUGUAUCAAUUGCCUUUGGACAGCCACACUUUCGACGCCGAUUUUUUGAAGCUCCUGAGUUAACAUGGUCUAUUGAGUACAGUACCUUUGGCGACAGCUUCCAUUAUUUCUUCUACACUCUUAAGAAGGGCAAGAGGUCACUGGAGUCCAGCAGUUACCAAAACACAUUACCAUCACCUGUUGCUCCAAGAAUAAAUAUGGUCCACGAAGAGCUCGAGAGCGAGGAUUUUAUAUUCCUCACAAACCUUGAUGGGUUGUGAGUGGCUGCUUAAACAAGCAUCUGGCUAACAGCCUAACACAUCAAAAGGGUGACCAGGCCAGCGUUGGUGACCCUGCAGUGAUGUUUUUUUCCUGGGCGGCAAAUGAGAAUGAUGCCUGUAAAAUGUGUAAUUUAGGAUAGAUUUAAAUUUUGAGCUUUGUUGUCUAGUAAUACUAUAAUACUCUAUAUUACUGCAGGCUAGAGGUCUGUGUAUGAUCUUGUAAAAAUUAGUAUUACUUUCCUUUUGAAAUCUAAUGCUUCGACUUAACU